AUGGUCCGCACCUGCCUCAUCACAGGUGCCUAUUGCACUCAUAUCCUGGAUUUCGGCCAACGUCGCAUGGGGAAACUCACCAAUGAAUGCAAGCGGGAGCUGUGGGGGCAGUUUCUCAAUGUGAAUAAGCUUGGUCUCAAAUUUGAUGGGUCAAUCAGCGCAAACGGGUCUUCCGUUACCAUCCACUUCAAGAAGCCAGGGCUCAAGUAUGGGCAUCGGGCCUGCAAGCGCAGCAAGGCCAAAAUGCGGGAAGAAGUCAAGCAGCUGUAUUUUGAGCACCACAUUGCCGAACUGAGGGAGGCUCCAAACAUCCAUCCUCACAAUGCACCACCCCGUAUCAGAUACACAUCCAAUCAACGGGCGUUUGAGACAAAGUCUUGCAUCACUGAGAUGGAAUCCCAUAUCCCAUUGCACAAGAGCAUGAACAUCGAGGCGUUCUCAGAGUUCAUCGUGGAUUACGAACAUGCGGAUCCCGCCCUGGAUGAGUUUUACCAGGAUGGGAUUCAUGUGGCUCGCAGAUUUAAGGCGUUCUCACUGUGGCAAAAGUCUGAGAGCAAGCUCAUCAAGAACAUGCGACGCCUGUAUGGAAAGCAUUUUGCCGUCAUCUUGGGUGAUUGGAGCGAUGCUGGAAAGACCAUGCGCUUCCAGGAGUCAUCAAAGACCAAAGGAUUCCGCACACUCUUUGCAAGAAACAACAUUCCGUGUUACUUGCUAGACGAGUAUCGAACGUCCUCCGUGUGCCCAGACUGCCACGGCCGUGUCAAGAAAAACAUCCGAUGCCGGCUGUCAUCUCAGCCGUGGCUUGGUGGGUUGAAUGGGAAGAAAGGGAAGAAUGGAAUUUGUCCAUGGAUUGACUGGACGCCAUUUGAGAUUCCUGGAAGACAACCACUACGACUACGGAUGAAAGUGCACAAUUGGGACGUCCUAAGCACCAAGAAUUUCCUCUCGAUUGGAGUUAAGAGCAAAGAUGAAGUGGAACGUGCCGCGUUGCCUGUACAUGUAGGCGUUGCUGGGGCCUGA